CGCAUAUCAUUAAUUAAAUUAUUAUGUAAUCAUUAGUCAAAUAACUCCUUACCCUAUCCAAUACAUCUGCAGCAAAUUAAUGGUAAUAAAUCGAAACAAGUAAACAUUUACCAUAAUUAAGCCCUCCAACCAAAACAAUUGACUCCUGCUGAAAUUGCUGAUGUGGCUCACCAUUUUGCUGUUAAUAAUUAGGGAUCUGAACUUUUCUGGGAUUCAUUGUAGAGAGCUACUGUUGAUCAACUCAGCAAUUUUAAUAGAGAACAAUUAGCAACAGUAUUUGAUGCCAUGAUGCAAACUCCAUAUGAAGUAUUCUCUUCUCUUUUCCAUUAGGUUCCUGAUGAUGUUGGAGAGGCUGUUACCAAGGCAAUUGAUACAUUUUUCUAUGCUGAAUUAGAAGCCAACCAAAAAUCAGACCCAUACUUUCUUUCCAAAUUUAUAUUAUAAUUCUAAGCAGGAUUAGGAUAAUUUGCUUUCUAAUUUGGACCUGGAUUUUUAACUGGAAGAGUAAAUGAUGAACAUCCUGAAUAACGACUUGCUAAAGGUGAUUACGAUCUCUCAGAAUCAUGCAAUUCCGAAUUGAGAUCUGCAUUCAUUAAAGGAGAUCUCACCUAAGAAUAAGUUGAAGCUGAGAAAACCAAAUUUACAAAUUAAGUGUAAGAAUUGCUUGGUAAAGUAAUUUAUAUAAUCUUAAAUCAAGAAUCAAACUGUACAAGAUGUUACCAAUUUGAAAUGAUUGGAUAGAUAUAUGCAUAUAAAAUAAAUAUAAUAAAACAAAAC